GAUUUAAAGCUCCCAAAUUUGGCCGGGCCAAAGAGCGACAUCCGCUGGCGGUGACCGACACUCAGUGACGCUACCUGGGAGCAAGGUCCGAAAACACAAACUAACAAACAAGUCUGCUUACCAAGAAACGUACAUAGAACAAGUUUUUGCGAGGCUGACAUUGAAGCUGUGACACUCAGGGAGGAGGAAGGAAGAAAGUGUCGGCGGAUUUGGAGCAGCGCAGACGGAAUUGACGCACACCUGGUAAUAUGUUUACUUCAGGCUGCACCUAAACUAGCACAUUAGGACUAAGCCGAAUAUUAUUUUGUCAACAUUUAGUGAUUAACUUUGUGUCUGUGUGUGGCGUUGUCUUCGGUGCUUGUGUGCUUUGUUUUGUCUUGUUUUUUACUGCGCCACGCUGCCAUGAUAGAUAGGUGCGUCAUCUCCCAAAAUGUGCUCCGAUGCUGAAGCUGCUGGCGCUGGAUGCGGGGGGGGGGGGGGGGGGGGACUCGUUUGUCAUUGAUUGACAGGCUUGUUGUUGCAUUCGUCUCCAGACGUGCUCACGUGGAAAAUUGCCAUGACGAUAAGACGAGAUCAUACAUAAUCAGGAUUAAAUUAAUUAAAUAUAGUUAAAAUACUAAAUGCUGCAAAUCAAGGAAUCUAUUGCAAUGUCCUCAAAUGUGUGUGUAAAACUGCUUUCGAAAAUAUCGCCUGAAGUGGAAGGUUGGACAAGUGCAUUCCAUAAUUUGAGGGCAAAGCAAGUUUUUAAUCUUGUGAAAGGGAUAUUUCGUAAAAGGCACCCAAAACACAAAUUGUGAGUGCUUUUCAGAGAGUUAUUCCAAUUUUGUGCAGUGGAAGCUAACAGGAGACAGCUCUGUGUCCUUUUUGUUCUAGUGUGCCCAUAUUAAAAGCCGAGUGAAUAACGAGCGACUAAUUGUGUUUUCAAAUUAGGUCCAUGGGUACACCGCGGGGAACAGGAUUGCUCUGAACUCCCCAUUGAAGCACCCAAGGAUGUGAAAUUUGCCACAUUUGUAGGUCAGGCUGCUGCAGAGGUUGUUGUCAGGCAGACUCGUAACACCUUCAGAGAGCUUCAAUUAUUUUCCUCUUUUCCAGUACUCAAGCAAUAUGUCUAAAUUAGUUCCCGACCGAUAGUUGUAGGCCGAUGUUGAUUCCGAUACUUGGCCGGAAAAAAAAAUUCCGCUGGUUUAUUACACUGGUCAAAAGCAAAUUUUAAUCAGAAACGGCGUUCUGUGUCUCUAAAUGUAUUCUGGAAGCUGUUUUCAAAAAUGUAUUUUAUUUUUGUCUUGCACAUCAGCUUUUAUGAGAUCUUGCCAUUUUUGGUUUUAAAGUUUGACCUAUAAAAGAGCAUGAACUUCUGAAUUUAGAUUUACAUUCUGGUCAUAAACGUAUGCAGCACAUAAGCAUCAUGAGGAGUUAGGAGUUAUUGCUGAAACAAUGCAUAAUGCAUUCUAACGGCGAAUCACAUUGCUCUUAUUCCAUUAUUUUAUUUGUCAUGAAGUGAUGAUUUCAAAUUGAAAACCGCAGACACCUUUCCCACAUGUCAUCUUUGACAGCAUGAAUAUGAACAUUCUUAUCAUAACUAUACUUUGCGUGUUAAUGGGCAUAUGAGGAUGGAGAAAAAUGUCAUGCAUACAGAAAAACAUUGUGUCAGCCAUGUUUCUCCUUUCCUUCAUGCCCGUACCGACUGAACAGUAUUUCCCGUUUCAUGAGACAGUAAUAUUACAUGGCGUUUAAUCGUAAAACUCACAAAAAAGGCCUACUGUCGGCUGACAUAAAUGACCGACCGAUUAAUUGGUGCAGCUGCGGUCUAAAUUGGGUCUUCAUCUUAGUAAGUCUGAGAGAAUCUUAAUUGAUUUCAUAAUUUUAGCAAGGGUUGCAAGAGUGUAACCCCGUCCCAUCUGGAGCUUAUCAGAGGCUGACCUGCUUUGGAUGAGCCACGUUAGCUCCUGUGGGCCCACAUGCUGAUGCAGGGCUGCAGAAGAAGGCCACAGCUGCCUCACUCUUGUCCUAAACAUUCUUCGUUUUAGUGGACCUGCCAACCUGCUGGCAAGCAAAUAUUCCUCCUCCUCCUCCUUCACUUGUUCCUCUUUCCUCCAUUCUAUGAAAAGAGCUUCCGGGGAUAUUUUGCCCUAUUAAAAAAAUAAUAAUAAUCUCAUUUCACUAAUUCCCAAUUAUUAUGCACAGGCAUAUUUAAAAAAAAAGAGAUUCUCCCAAUUUGCGCGGUGCAAGCAAGGGAUGAAUUUGAAUGUGACACCCGCUCUCUCUCUCCUCCGCUCCACCGGGCCGAUGGGGGGGAGGAACCUUCACUCGGAUGAAGUGACGAGGGAGAGCGCGCCGUGAGGCUGUCAUGUAAGCGGUCUCCGCUGGGGCACAGCGCUUCUGCCUCAGGUAGAAGUGUUCUUAGUGUUCCCGCUGCCGAGGCGCCAGGCGACACGCUGCUCUCUGCAAAGGUGACGCCGCUCUGCCAAGCCACAGAAAUGGAGAAGAUUUGCUCAGAGUGCUCGGAGAUGACACUUGCACAGAGCUUGUGCACGCUGUGCAACAAGUGGUUGUGUUGCCAGUGCACGGAUGUGCAUCAGCAUCAGAAAGCCGCAGCGUCAUCUCUGUACGCGGACCUGCACGACCAGCACAGGCCUGAACUGCCCCAGAAAGGCUCUGGCUCCCUUCCGACAACUGGACAAGGUACAGGGUCGUAUCCUUGUUCCAUCCUCAUGUGCCACUCUCAUGGACAGCAGCCCCUGGAGCUGCUUUGUGAGUCAUGUGACCUCCUGUGCUGCAGCACCUGUCACCUGUCCUCCCAUAAAACCCACAGGGUGGUGCAGAUUGGGAAGGCUCUUCAGGAUCAGCGGUGGCUCUUUGAAAGCCUGAUGGUACAGGUGGAAGAGAGGAGGUCUGCAGUGGAGAACAAUGCAAAGCAGAUAGAGGACAGAGUUCAUGGAGUCAAGAUUGCACACAGGAAGGCUGAGAACCAGAUUAAGAUGGCAAAGAUGAUUAUGAUGAACGAGCUUAACAAACGAGCUAACCUAUUAAUAGAGCAACUGGAGAAAAUUUCAGAGGACUUGCAGCAGCCUCUGGAGGACCAGCUGCAGGGGGCGAUAGAGACAUGUGCCCAAUUAGACCAUGUGCAAAAGUUCAUCAGUUGGGCAACCACCCACCAUCGCCGGGGCCCGGUGCUCUUCAGCAGGAGACUGAUUUCUCUGCAAAUCCAAGAAUUGCUUGAUUCAUCACUGCAAUCUGAAGCUUGGAGUCCUGUGAAAAUCAAGUUCAAUUGGGACGCCAGCUACUGGACCAAACAGAUGUCCUCCUUAGGCCAGCUGACUGUGGAAGGUGGAAACUGCCCCUACCCUCAAGGCUUGGCCUGCUCCACCGUUCCAAGGACCCAGCCUAUCACAUGCUUGGCCCUGACGCCUGUUUACCACAGAGGACGUGAGCCGGCCUGUGGCUAUCAGAUGUGCUAUGAGCCCCAGGCGUGUUGCAUCCAUGGCCUCCCUUCUCAGUCAGAGCUGGACAAGAGCCAGCUGGGAGGUCCGCUCUACAAUUCCAGCUAUGUUCCAACUGGCCCUGGGUGCCAGGUGCAGAGCCAGCAGUUGCUGAAGUGCUGGCACCCAAGUGACUCCUCUGCCUUGCAAACAUAUUCCCAAUGCCCUUCGACUCCAUCCCAUGCCCCAGUCAUGGGACCGAUCGAGACCAAUUGCAGUCGUGGACCUGCAUCGCAACCUCAAGCAAGCACGCCCGAGUCCCAGUCGCUUCCUGAAUCACAUCUCCAUCAUCAUCACCAGAGAGGUCCACUUCCAGUCAGCAAGUGUCAACAGAGUGAGAAACAACCUCAUUCACGCCCGAGCCGUGUCCCGUGCCAGGAGAUGUUGCAGAACAGCGCAAGUCUGCAGGAGGUGCAAGACAUUGUGGCCGAGGAAAGCCAGGACGAGCGAUGCAGAGUGGAGGAGAGUCAUGACCCAACAGUUGUGGCAGAACUUGAGGAGGAACAGCCCGGCAGAAGUGCAAAGAGUCCUGUCCAACAACAGUUUCAGGUUUAUCCUCCAGCAGAAGUGAGGAAAGAGCAGCAGAGAAUCAUUCCUGCGCCGAUGCUACGAGGUCAAACGGCUGGCCGGAGAUCCACGUCCCUGGAGGUUUCCGUGACAGCCAACAAUUGUGGCUCCGAUGCACAGCACUGUCAACUCCACCCAAGCUCGGCGUGCACAAACGGGAAGAGAUGUUCUCAGAGUACCCCUGUAGAGCUUGCGGCUCCAUCUGUCAGCUCUUAUUCUGAAAGGCCAACGGGAUCUCCUCACCGCUCGGAUGAGCGAACUGCAAAUAUGGUAACAAGCAAGUAUGCCAGUGCGGACUCCAGGCAGAGAAGAGCUUCAGAUGGCGUUCUUUGCAUUGUCAAGGAAACCUCAGCCGACGUCAUCCUCAGCAGAAGUGGGCGGUCUCCAUUGUUCUCCUACAAAUCGGAGCCAGAUCCUUCAUACUUAAAUGAUGACGUGCGUCAUGAUGCAAAGGAAAAGUACAGCGUGUCCAGAAACGGUCAUAACGGGAACAGAGAUUCCCAGGGAGACUCUGGACAAGCCAGAGUUCCAGUGGUUUGCCUCGAACGCCUGAAAGUGCUUAUCUCUCAACUUCCCCCACAUGGACGAAGGCAGAGCGACCCCUUACCCGCAAGCACGACCGAGAAGGCUACUUUGCAGCAGCAAACUUCUCAGGAUGUAACGUACAAGGGCGUGUCCAAAGGCCCCGAUACCUCGAGGACCCGUGCGGUCACAGCAUCACAGUCUCCAGACAUUCGUCAGUGGCUCACAGUUGACAGUGAGUGGGAUACGUGCCCAAGGGCCAGCUUUGCCAAAGCAUCCACCCUGCCACCCGAUGACCGUCACGGAAACAACUCUGAGCUCGACUCCGACUCCGACUCUGAACCCCAGUUAGUCUCAGAAGAGGCUGUUGUCUGUUGUCAAGUCGAACCGCAACUCGAUUCGGACACAUCGCCCGGGUUCUCGUCAGAAACGGAACUGGAAGUUCCAGGCAAGGAGAAUGACGGUCUGCAAAGCUGCAACAGAAAUGACUCAAUGGGGGGCUGCGAUCGAUGCGACACAUUUUCAGAAACGGCUUCGGGAGCAGGAUCUGAGGAUGCGCAAAGCGGACCGGAUGCUGGUGCAGACUCGGGUGCUGCAGAAUCCGAGUCGGACAGCCAACCAGAAGUUAGCAUCCCGUUCCAGGCAGAAACGGAUUCAGACCAUUUGUCUGAUCAGCACGUGGACUCUCAGGAGUCUGUGGAGUCUGAACUUGACAUUGAAUCUGAGCAUGAAACGACAGACGAGCCACAACCCCUGCGCUCUGACCUCGAGGAAGAGUACCCCGUUGGACCUGGUCAGAGGCCACUCCUCAUUGCAAACCCUCGCCUGCCGAGGAGGACGGAAGAAGUUGAGGAGGACAGUGCCCAAAUUGAGAGUGAAGACUUCUGCGGAGUCUGUCUGAUCGGUGGGGACCUUUUAUGCUGUGAUGGUUGUCCAAAAGUUUACCAUUUGUCAUGUCACAUCCCACCUCUGCUAAGCUUCCCGUCAGGUGACUGGCUAUGCAGCUUGUGCAGAGAUGUUGUGCAGCCACAGGUUGAGUAUGACUGUGAAAAUAGAAGAGCAUCCGGGGAGCAUACGUCAGGGCAUGGCCUAUCUGCAUGCGAUCAGAGAAAAUGUGAGCGAUUGACCCUCCUGAUCCUCAAUAAUAUCCUGAGUGCUCCUUUUCACGAGCCUGUCAGUCCACUUGCUCGUCAUUACUACCAGAUCAUCAAGAGGCCUAUCGACUUGUCCGUCAUCCGAGCAAGACUCAACAAGAGGAGCACGCAGCAUUACAACUCCACCGAGCAGUUUGUGGCUGACGUCUAUCUCAUGUUCCACAACUGUGCAAAGUUCAACUAUCCCGAUUCAGAGGUGGCGCAAGCUGGCCGCAACCUCGAGACCUUUUUCACCUCCAAGUUGAAAGAAGUGUUCCCAGGCAGAGUAUUCCCAGUGGCCGAGGCGGACAGUGACAGCGAUGAAUAUGAUGAGGCCGUCCGAGCCACUGAGAGUGGUUUCCCCUGGCCGGAGAGGAGGGAGCAGUGCCACAGGAAGAGGAAGAGGCGACAAUCGCUUAAGUCAAGGAGACAUCACAUGUAACCAGGACUCAAUGAUUUCUGGUCUACUUUGAUAUUUAUUUUUGAAACAGCUGGUGGGAUGUUUGUGUUCUCUUUAAAUAAUGGGAGCGGAAUGACAGUUAUGGAUCAGUUCGAGCUGCUUUGGGUUGGGAUCUGGGUUCAAAUCUUGACUUUUUUUCCCCCCUGCACAGUCCAAAAGUAUGUUUUGUUAGGUUGAGUCUCAAUUGGCUAUAAAAUUGACAAUGAAUGGUUUUGUAUGAGUCAGUCUUGUGAUUGGCUGGUGAUCGGUCCAGGGGGUUUUCCGCCACUCACACAAGCGUAUCUGGGAUUGGCUUCAAGUGGUGAUGAUGGAUUGCUGGAUCUAUCGACAGCCCUCAGAGGGUGCGAAGGCUCAAAUCUUUUCCAGUCGAGAAAUCACUCACUGGCUUUGAGUGUGAUCUUGACGUUUUGUUCCAUUGGAGCAAAAAAAGAAAAAAAAAAUCUGGAUCUUCGGCAAACUUUGCUUCUUUAUAGUUAUGAAGAUCCUAGAGAAGCACAUCCCUCCCCCAAAACUGGAGUUGAUCAUAUUCAACCAAGAACUCAAUUUCAACAUUGAAAUAGACUUCCCAAAAAUGUGCUGUGAGAUAAUUCAUUUUUAUCCUUGGAAGAAUAAGUGUCUAUCAAGAAAAUGAUGAUGAUGAUGAUCACCAAUAUAUCAACAACACGUUUGAAAAGAAUAGCCAGUGGACAAGAAUCCAGGGUUUUAGGGUUGGGUUUUGUAACCUGUUGCAUCAUUCUGACAUCAAAUUUUGCUUGUUAUGAUUCCCCCGCUCUCAGUGCACUAACACUCACUUGUCUAUAUGCACCUCGCCUAAUAUGUCGUACCUUGAGGUUUGCUCUAAUGUACACCGAGGAUGCUGCUGCUGUAUGUUUGGGAAAAUGUGUCCGCCCUAGAGUGAACAGCUUCAUAUUUUGUUCAUUACAGCACUUUAACAUAACGCAUUGUAUUUACUGUGUGGGUCAAUGUACAGUGUACAUGUACUGUAAAAUAACACACAACUUAGUCCUAUUCAGAUUUCAUUGUAGCUGCAAAAAGGAUGACAUACUCAAUGCAUGUAAAUAUUUAAAUCCAGGAGGGAGUCAGUCUGCCUGGCUGAUUGAACUUGUAAUGUAAAUUACACCUUGUGGCAUAUAGAGGCAUACAUAGAGGCAAACAUUCUGCGGACUGUACCUUAUUUCUCCGCUGUAUAUCAGUGUAGGUAGGGUUUUGCUCAAAAUAAUUGCCAGGUGCUUUGACCACUAGAACAAUAAGAUGCCACCGGCUUUCCAUAGUUGAGUAAAUCAAGCCCCAGAUAUAGAGUAAAUGAUCAGUGCCACUGCACAAAGAGUAAUUAGGGCGGGUUUUAAUAGAGUCUGUUUUGAUCGUAUCAUUUUGCCAGAGCUGCAUGAAAUGGUUUAGCCAGUAACCCCAAGUAUCUCAGGCCCAUGCAGUAACAGUGGAAGAUGCAGUAUUGCCAGUCAUCCUUGAUAAUAUCACAAAGUACCUGUUAUUGUGUUAUGCUAAGCCACUUUCUGUAACUGUCGCACAUUUCCGUUUUGGGUUUAUUUGCUUCCUUCAAUGUAUGAUAGCUGGACUUUCAUAAUAUCUGUUCAUAAUAAUGUGUGUUCAAUGUGUUUUGAAAAGUGCUCUAGAAAUAACAUUCCUAUAUUAACAAUGUGUGCCAUCAGUAGUAUUAGUGCUGCGCAUGUAUUUACCGGUAAUUUUAAUGGAAAUUCAUUCAGCUCAGUUUGCGCUUGUGUGAAGAAGCUAUUACAAGAAUAUUAAAUCACUGUUUCUAUGUGAGCGGAUCUUAUUCCAGAUUUUUUUUUAAAGAAUGUUAGCCAAAACUGCACAUAUCAACAAUUAAAAAAAAUGGAAA